AUGGUUAAGAUCGAAGGAUACGGUGACAUCACGCCCCUCAGCGCUGAGGCCGAGGCGCUCGUCCAGAGCCAGGACCCCGAGCACCUGUGCCGCGAGUUCUACAAGCUCGGCUGGGUCACGGGUACCGGUGGUGGUAUCUCGAUGCGUAAGGGCGAGCUCGUCUACCUUGCGCCGUCAGGUGUGCAGAAGGAGCGCAUCCUUCCCGAGCACAUGUUCGUGCUCCCCUUUGCGCAGUCGGCCGUCCCCAAGCCCGGAUCGAAGCGUGACCUCCUCCGCAUCCCGUCCAAGAAGGGCCUGAACGAGUCGCAGUGCACGCCCCUGUUCUGGAACGCGUUCACAAUGCGCGACGCCCAGUCGUGUAUCCACACCCACUCCCAGAAUGCCGGUGAGUCUUCCUUCCUGUUGACGAGAGGGACACUUCGUCCAUUGUCCGAAGCUGUGGGGCGCGCGGUCUACGUAGCUAACAUGCCAGUCAUGCUCACGCUCCUGCUCGGCAAGGACGCUAAGAGCUUCCGCAUCAGCCACCAGGAGAUGAUCAAGGGCGUCCGCCUCGGCGGCGUCGGCAAGACGCUCGCAUACUUCAACACGCUCGAGGUGCCCAUUAUUGAGAACACGGCGCGCGAGGAGGAUCUCACCGACUCGAUGGGCAAGGCCAUGGAGGAGUACCCGGACGCCGCCGCCAUUCUCGUCCGAAGGCACGGUGUCUACGUCUGGGGUCCCUCGUGGGAGUCCGCCAAGACCCAGGCCGAGUGCCUCGACUACCUCUUCGAGAUCGCCGUCAAGAUGCUCCAGGCCGGCAUCCCCCUCGAGGGCGACGUUUAG